AUGGCUUUAGUAUCGGGCCCGGGGAGGGCUGGGGGUAGCCCCGCAGAUACGGAACUGCACUCCGUGAAACAUGUGACUUACAUCAAGAACCUGGACACUAGGAAGGAUGAACUGGAAUACUGGCUGACCGAGCACCUGCGACUGAAUGGCGUGUACUGGGGUUUGACAGCUUUGCAUAUCUUGGGUCAACCAGAUGCGUUGCCUCGAGAUCAAACCAUCGACUUUGUGCUGUCAUGUCAAAGUGACAAUGGCGGCUUCGGCGCAGCACCGGGCCAUGAUGCCCACAUGCUCUACACCGUCUCGGCUGUCCAGAUCCUCGUCACCAUUGAUGCUGUGGAUGAACUCGAGAAGCGAGGCCGAGGCGGCAAGGAGAAAGUCGGGUCUUUCAUUGCAAACUUGCAGAAUGCAGAUGGCUCCUUCAAGGGAGACCAUUGGGGUGAAACCGAUACCCGAUUCUUAUAUGGUGCUCUCAACGCACUAUCACUGUUACGCCUUCUGGAACUAGUCGAUGUCCCCAAGGCCGUUGCUCACAUUCAACGCUGUGAAAACUUGGAUGGCGGUUAUGGUAUCAGCCCUGGCGCCGAAUCCCAUGCCGGUCAGGUGUUCACCUGUAUCGGUGCCCUGGCUAUCGCUGGCCGCCUGGAUCUAGUGAACAGGGAUCGUUUAGGGGCCUGGCUCAGUGAAAGACAGAUCGAAAGUGGCGGCUUCAAUGGUCGACCAGAAAAGCUGGCAGAUGCUUGCUAUAGCUGGUGGGUUGGAUCAAGUCUUGCCAUGAUUGACCGUCUGCACUGGAUUGAUGGAAAGAAGCUUGCUGCAUUUGUACUACAAUGUCAGGACCCUGAUGCUGGAGGCUUCGCAGAUCGACCAGGCAACAUGGUUGAUGUUUAUCACACACACUUUAGUCUUGCGGGUUUAAGUCUGUUGAAGUUCGAAGGUCUAGAGGAGAUCGACCCUGUUUAG